UUAACCACGACAUGUAUGCAGUGAAAGAAGAGUUAAAUCUUAGACAUGAGAACUGAAAUACUUUCUGAAAUUUGAAAUUGUAUUUUUAUUCUUGCGUUUACAAGCCAAAUGUCACGCCCUUUUUACGUCAGGACUUGGAUCACCGAAUAGACUUCCGCAAAGCACAGGAGUGGAAAGGUUGUGAGUAGAGGACUGAGGUGCCUUUGGUAUCAGGACUAAAGACGUAGUUGUGAGGUGCUCCCACAAGCACGUUUUUCAACUGAUAUAGUCAACCAUCUCACAGCCGGUAGAAAACUAAGAAAGCAGAACAAAUGAGGAUUCCCACCAAUAAGCUGCAGCAGCUCACCAUCUACUCCACUGUGCUGACGGGUGGAGGAAUUGCCACCAUGUACUAUUUAAUGCAAAGGAAAUUUGCAGACUCAGAGUACCACAGAUUAGCUGUUCAGAAGUUGGAAGAAUGUCCAAUUGCAAUGGAGAGUCUAGGGGCCCCACCUUUAAAAAUCCACAAUAUUCAUCUGACUGACAGAACUAACCGAGUAGAUCAGCAAAAAGCACAGAUAAAGAUUCCUGUGACUGGUUUAAAAACUGGAGGAUACCUGUACACUUCUUCAGUUAGAGACAAUAACACCAACAGAUGGAACUUGAAGCAAGCAGUUCUGCAACUCCGGGAAGGACAAACCUUUGACCUAAUGAAUCCACCAGCAGCAUCAGCACAAACACCAGCAUUAGAGCAAACUGAGGAGCUGGUGAAAGACGGCUGGCUAUGACCUAACUCCAUGUACUAAAAGAGAAAUGAAGGUGAAUGUUACCCUGUUUCAACCUGCCAAAUGGACAACUAUCUACUUAAUUUAUAUUUUUAGCUAGAACUUGAGGAAAAGUUAGUGUUUCAUUUUUUUUACCAAUAUGUCAUUGUAUGUUGCUGGAAAGCAGUGAUACAUGUAUUGUCGAUGUUUUUUUUAACCAAAAUAUUUCUUGUGAACAUCUCUAGAUGCAUGAAUAUCAAUGAGCCCGUUAAUAUCCACACUAAUACGCUGAUCAUUAUCCAGUUUUUGGAGUUAUCAGAUUAUUCAAGUGAUCAUGUAAACCAGGGGUAUUCAGAUCUGGUCUUCAAGGGCCGGUAUCCUGCAUGUUUUAGAUAUUUCCCUCUUCCAGCCCACUUGGUUCAAAUUAUGAUCAGUGGAUGAAAGAAUCAGAUAAGGUCCGCACAACCUGUGAGCUCCCAAAAAAUUUUAUUCACCAUAAGUAGUGAUGUUUCGGGCCACAACCCUUCAUAAGACAUUAUCUGAUUCUUUCAUCCACUGUUUCUUUGGGAUCCUUUAGUGACUGGAUGUGCGUGUCAUCAACUCUUUUCAAUUAAUGAUCAGCUCAUCAUCAAGCUCUGUAGAAGCCUGAUAAUGAUGUAAUGGCUUCUAGGUGUGAUGGAAGAGGGAACUAUCUAAGACAUGCAGGAUACCAGCCCUCAAGGACUGGAUUUGAAUACCCCUGAUGUAAACGGUAUAAUCUGACAUACUUUAUCAGAUAACAGCAGUAAUCUGAUUAUGAGAAACCAGAAUAACACCUGAGUUUCUCCUCAAUGCUCUGAUGUCUUCAUGCAUGUAUACAGGUUAAUCUGAUUUAUUUCUUCUUUUACUUCUGUAUAUGUGUAAAAACAAUUAAAAUCGUAGAAAAUGGAAGUUACAUAGUCAAACGUGAGUGGAACACAAUAACAAAUGAAUAAUAAUAACUCCGAAGGAAAUCCGAUAAUGGACUAGAACAUGUAAACCAGGCUUUUUGAUGAUCGUAUUUCUGAAGUGCACAUAAAUGCAUCAGAUCUAAUUAUUACAGUUCUUUAACUACUGCCAGUUAUCAGAUUUUUAUGGUCAUGUAAACAGGCUGAUUGUUACAGUAUUUUAAUGUGUCUGGGCACUUUUAAGCACUGUGUAGUAGAAAUUGCACUGACAUGGAGAACUUGAUUUUUAAUUUAUUGUAACAAAUGAUACCCACUCUUGUUAUGUAGCAAAAAAGGGCUGAUAUGCUUCACUUUUAAGUCUGAGCUCUGUGUAACAAAGCUUCAUGAAGUGAAAUCUUUAAGUGGUGUAUUUUGUCAAGGCCUGACUCCGUGGUAAAAACAGCUACCAGGUGGGGCCGAUUCUCAGAUGAGAAGUAUUUCAACAUAAGAACAUAUGCCUGUUAACUUUUAGCCCUAUUGAGAACAGAAAAUGUAAAUAUCACAUUUCAGAUAUUCUGAAAUGAAAGUUGUGUGUUGCCAUUCAUUGUGAGGAAAUUAACAUUGGAGGGAAUUGUGUUCAGAUAGAUGUUAAAAAAAAAAAACAAAAGUACAUUUCAUAUAGAAAAAAUAAAACUGUUAUUACACUACAUUCAUACUGUUCACGUUUUGCAUGUAAAACAGCAUCAUAUGGCCAGGUAAGGGGGUAAACUGUCAAAGAUAAAACAGUCAAAACCUCAGAUGACAGAAGACAAUUGAUGAUACAGCUGAGUAGACACUUCAUCCUCCGUUUGUGUGUUAUUGUCUGAUGGCUGAUUACUAUAGCAGUCUAAGUGAAAAAAGUAGGUCUUAGCUAUUGUUAAAAAUAAAAUUAAGAGAUGUUGCUGGCAUGAAGAAUUCCAAACAAUUGGCAAAAAGUUGGCUUCAUAUUGAAAGAACAGAACAACUGGUCAAUAGAGACCCACAGUAGAUCAACAUGUGGAGGGAACUGUGAUACUGUAGCAAGUGGCAGGAGCUGAGUGUACGUAAGUGUGUGGGGCUUCCAGUUUUUCAUAAGUAAAUAAAUAAGAUACUAUGAAAUGAAUAUUUAUAAUGAAGUAAGACUUUACAAAAUGAAUAAUAAUUUAAAUAAAUGCAAUUAUUAUAAUAUUGACCACAAAAGUGUGAAAUAAAGUUGUUUUUAAAUUGGAGUUCAUUAUUUAUUAUUAUGUAAUAUUUUCAUCUGGUUUAAAAAUCUGCUCAAUGUUAUUAUGAAAUAUAAUUUUACAGUGAUUGGCUGAUGUUUUCAGAUUGACUACCUUCUCAUUAAACCCUGGCCAUGAACAUGUCUGUGCCCAUCUCUGGUCAGGCUACUGUUCAGCAAGAGCAAUGAAGCGAAGGCAGGAGAUGACAUCAUUUAUUGUAUGGGUCAUGCUGUCGUAGGAAAAAUAAAUUUGAACCAAAGUUUACAUACAGUUGUGCUCAAAAUUAUUCAUACCUCUGCCAUUUUUUGUGAAAUUAAUUUUUGCAAGUAUGAAUAAGUUUUGUGAAGUUUAUGACUUAUGUGAUACACAAGUGACAGAAUAACCAGUUACACUUGAAGAAAUACUUUCUCUCUACUCUCAAAAUUACUCAUACUUACUCAUACUCAGUUCAGUGUCUUAAUAGUGGUCUUUGCUCUUGAUGAUCGCGUCCACAGGCUUUCUGCGUGUCUCCCGUGGGAUGUUGGCCCACUCUUCCUUACGAGACUGAUCUCAAUAAAUGGCGUUUUAUGUCAUGCUAGUUCUUAUGGCAUUUGGUGCGCUAUACAUUAUGCAUUUUCAA